AUGAGAUUUCCUGAUACGAUUGCAAAGAGCUUCCACAGAACUAACACUGGGUUCACCAGAGCCUGCACUAAAGAGUUCUCACUGACAUUCAGAGACUACACUAAAGAGUUCUCACUGACAUUCAGAGCCUGCACUAAAGAGUUCUCACUGACAUUCAGAGCCUACACUAAAGAGUUCUCACUGACAUUCAGAGACUACACUAAAGAGUUCUCACUGACAUUCAGAGACUACACUAAAGAGUUCUCACUGAAAUUCAGAGACUACACUAAAGAGUUCUCACUGACAUUCAGAGACUACACUAAAGAGUUCUCACUGACAUUGAGAGACUACACUAAAGAGUUCUCACUGACAUUCAGAGCCUACACUAAAGAGUUCUCACUGACAUUCAGAGCAUGCACUAAAGAGUUCUCACUGACAUUCAGAGCCUGCACUAAAGAGUUCUCACUGACAUUCAGAGCCUGCACUAAAGAGUUCUCACUGACAUUCAGAGCCUGCACUAAAGAGUUCUCACUGACAUUCAGAGACUACACUAAAGAGUUCUCACUGACAUUCAGAGCCUGCACUAAAGAGUUCUCACUGACAUUCAGAGCCUGCACUAAAGAGUUCUCACUGACAUUCAGAGACUACACUAAAGAGUUCUCACUGACAUUCAGAGACUACACUAAAGAGUUCUCACUGAAAUUCAGAGACUACACUAAAGAGUUCUCACUGACAUUCAGAGACUACACUAAAGAGUUCUCACUGACAUUCAGAGCCUACACUAAAGAGUUCUCACUGACAUUCAGAGACUACACUAAAGAGUUCUCACUGACAUUCAGAGCCUGCACUAAAGAGUUCUCACUGACAUUCAGAGACUACACUAAAGAGUUCUCACUGACAUUCAGAGCCUGCACUAAAGAGUUCUCACUGACAUUCAGAGCCUGCACUAAAGAGUUCUCACUGACAUUCAGAGACUACACUAAAGAGUUCUCACUGAAAUUCAGAGACUACACUAAAGAGUUCUCACUGACAUUCAGAGACUACACUAAAGAGUUCUCACUGACAUUCAGAGCCUGCACUAAAGAGUUCUCACUGACAUUCAGAGCCUGCACUAAAGAGUUCUCACUGACAUUCAGAGACUACACUAAAGAGUUCUCACUGAAAUUCAGAGACUACACUAAAGAGUUCUCACUGACAUUCAGAGACUACACUAAAGAGUUCUCACUGACAUUCAGAGCCUACACUAAAGAGUUCUCACUGACAUUCAGAGACUACACUAAAGAGUUCUCACUGAAAUUCAGAGACUACACUAAAGAGUUCUCACUGACAUUCAGAGACUACACUAAAGAGUUCUCACUGACAUUCAGAGCCUACACUAAAGAGUUCUCACUGACAUUCAGAGACUACACUAAAGAGUUCUCACUGACAUUCAGAGCCUGCACUAAAGAGUUCUCACUGAUAUUCAGAGACUACACAAAAGAGUUCUCACUGACAUUCAGGGCCUACACUAAAGAGUUCUCACUGACAUUCAGAGACUACACUAAAGAGUUCUCACUGACAUUCAGAGCCUGCACUAAAGAGUUCUCACUGACAUUCAGAGCCUGCACUAAAGAGUUCUCACUGACAUUCAGAGCCUGCACUAAAGAGUUCUCACUGACAUUCAGAGACUACACUAAAGAGUUCUCACUGACAUUCAGAGACUACACUAAAGAGUUCUCACUGACAUUCAGAGCCUGCACUAAAGAGUUCUCACUGACAUUCAGAGCCUACACUAAAGAGUUCUCACUGACAUUCAGAGCCUACACUAAAGAGUUCUCACUGACAUUCAGAGCCUGCACUAAAGAGUUCUCACUGACAUUCAGAGACUACACUAAAGAGUUCUCACUGACAUUCAGAGCCUGCACUAAAGAGUUCUCACUGACAUUCAGAGCCUGCACUAAAGAGUUCUCACUGACAUUCAGAGCCUGCACUAAAGAGUUCUCACUGACAUUCAGAGACUUCACUAAAGAGUUCUCACUGACAUUCAGAGCCUGCACUAAAGAGUUCUCACUGACAUUCAGAGACUACACUAAAGAGUACUCACUGACAUUCAGAGCCUGCACUAAAGAGUUCUCACUGACAUUCAGAGCCUGCACUAAAGAGUUCUCACUGACAUUCAGAGCCUGCACUAAAGAGUUCUCACUGACAUUCAGAGACUUCACUAAAGAGUUCUCACUGACAUUCAGAGCCUGCACUAAAGAGUUCUCACUGACAUUCAGAGACUACACUAAAGAGUACUCACUGACAUUCAGAGCCUGCACUAAAGAGUUCUCACUGACAUUCAGAGCCUGCACUAAAGAGUUCUCACUGACAUUCAGAGACUGCACUAAAGAGUUCUCACUGACAUUCAGAGCCUGCACUAAAGAGUUAUCACUGACAUUCAGAGCCUGCACUAAAGAGUUCUCACUGACAUUCAGAGCCUGCACUAAAGAGUUCUCACUGACAUUCAGAGACUACACUAAAGAGUUCUCACUAACAUUCAGAGACUACACUAAAGAGUUCUCACUGACAUUCAGAGACUACACUAAAGAGUUCUCACUGACAUUCAGAGACUACACUAAAGAGUUCUCACUGACAUUCAGAGCCUGCACUAAAGAGUUCUCACUGACAUUCAGAGACUACACUAAAGAGUUCUCACUGACAUUCAGAGACUACACUAAAGAGUUCUCACUGACAUUCAGAGCCUGCACUAAAGAGUUCUCACUGACAUUCAGAGACUACACCAAAGAGUUCUCACUGACAUUCAGAGCAUGCACUAAAGAGUUCUCACUGACAUUCAGAGCCUGCACUAAAGAGUUCUCACUGACAUUCAGAGCCUGCACUAAAGAGUUCUCACUGACAUUCAGAGCCUGCACUAAAGAGUUCUCACUGACAUUCAGAGCCUGCACUAAAGAGUUCUCACUGACAUUCAGAGACUACACUAAAGAGUUCUCACUGACAUUCAGAGCCUACACUAAAGAGUUCUCACUGACAUUCAGAGCAUGCACUAAAGAGUUCUCACUGACAUUCAGAGCCUGCACUAAAGAGUUCUCACUGACAUUCAGAGCCUGCACUAAAGAGUUCUCACUGACAUUCAGAGACUACACUAAAGAGUUCUCACUGACAUUCAGAGACUACACUAAAGAGUUCUCACUGACAUUCAGAGACUACACUAAAGAGUUCUCACUGACAUUCAGAGCCUGCACUAAAGAGUUCUCACUGACAUUCAGAGACUACACUAAAGAGUUCUCACUGACAUUCAGAGCCUGCACUAAAGAGUUCUCACUGACAUUCAGAGCCUGCACUAAAGAGUUCUCACUGACAUUCAGAGACUACACUAAAGAGUUCUCACUGAAAUUCAGAGACUACACUAAAGAGUUCUCACUGACAUUCAGAGACUACACUAAAGAGUUCUCACUGACAUUCAGAGCCUGCACUAAAGAGUUCUCACUGACAUUCAGAGCCUGCACUAAAGAGUUCUCACUGACAUUCAGAGACUACACUAAAGAGUUCUCACUGAAAUUCAGAGACUACACUAAAGAGUUCUCACUGACAUUCAGAGACUACACUAAAGAGUUCUCACUGACAUUCAGAGCCUACACUAAAGAGUUCUCACUGACAUUCAGAGACUACACUAAAGAGUUCUCACUGACAUUCAGAGCCUGCACUAAAGAGUUCUCACUGAUAUUCAGAGACUACACAAAAGAGUUCUCACUGACAUUCAGGGCCUACACUAAAGAGUUCUCACUGACAUUCAGAGACUACACUAAAGAGUUCUCACUGACAUUCAGAGCCUGCACUAAAGAGUUCUCACUGACAUUCAGAGCCUGCACUAAAGAGUUCUCACUGACAUUCAGAGCCUGCACUAAAGAGUUCUCACUGACAUUCAGAGACUACACUAAAGAGUUCUCACUGACAUUCAGAGCCUGCACUAAAGAGUUCUCACUGACAUUCAGAGACUUCACUAAAGAGUUCUCACUGACAUUCAGAGCCUGCACUAAAGAGUUCUCACUGACAUUCAGAGACUACACUAAAGAGUUCUCACUGACAUUCAGAGCCUGCACUAAAGAGUUCUCACUGACAUUCAGAGACUACACUAAAGAGUUCUCACUGACAUUCAGAGCCUGCACUAAAGAGUUCUCACUGACAUUCAGAGCCUGCACUAAAGAGUUCUCACUGACAUUCAGAGACUACACUAAAGAGUUCUCACUGACAUUCAGAGCCUGCACUAAAGAGUUCUCACUGACAUUCAGAGACUUCACUAAAGAGUUCUCACUGACAUUCAGAGCCUGCACUAAAGAGUUCUCACUGACAUUCAGAGACUACACUAAAGAGUUCUCACUGACAUUCAGAGCCUGCACUAAAGAGUUCUCACUGACAUUCAGAGACUACACUAAAGAGUUCUCACUAACAUUCAGAGACUACACUAAAGAGUUCUCACUGACAUUCAGAGACUACACUAAAGAGUUCUCACUGACAUUCAGAGACUACACUAAAGAGUUCUCACUGACAUUCAGAGCCUGCACUAAAGAGUUCUCACUGACAUUCAGAGACUACACUAAAGAGUUCUCACUGACAUUCAGAGACUACACUAAAGAGUUCUCACUGACAUUCAGAGCAUGCACUAAAGAGUUCUCACUGACAUUCAGAGCCUGCACUAAAGAGUUCUCACUGACAUUCAGAGCCUGCACUAAAGAGUUCUCACUGACAUUCAGAGCCUGCACUAAAGAGUUCUCACUGACAUUCAGAGCCUGCACUAAAGAGUUCUCACUGACAUUCAGAGACUACACUAAAGAGUUCUCACUGACAUUCAGAGCCUACACUAAAGAGUUCUCACUGACAUUCAGAGCAUGCACUAAAGAGUUCUCACUGACAUUCAGAGCCUGCACUAAAGAGUUCUCACUGACAUUCAGAGCCUGCACUAAAGAGUUCUCACUGACAUUCAGAGACUACACUAAAGAGUUCUCACUGACAUUCAGAGACUACACUAAAGAGUUCUCACUGAAAUUCAGAGACUACACUAAAGAGUUCUCACUGACAUUCAGAGACUACACUAAAGAGUUCUCACUGACAUUCAGAGCCUACACUAAAGAGUUCUCACUGACAUUCAGAGACUACACUAAAGAGUUCUCACUGACAUUCAGAGCCUGCACUAAAGAGUUCUCACUGACAUUCAGAGACUACACUAAAGAGUUCUCACUGACAUUCAGAGACUGCACUAAAGAGUUCUCACUGACAUUCAGAGACUACACUAAAGAGUUCUCACUGACAUUCAGAGCCUGCACUAAAGAGUUCUCACUGACAUUCAGAGCCUGCACUAAAGAGUUCUCACUGACAUUCAGAGCCUGCACUAAAGAGUUCUCACUGACAUCCAGAGACUACACUAAAGAGUUCUCACUGACAUUCAGAGACUACACUAAAGAGUUCUCACUGACAUUCAGAGACUACACUAAAGAGUUCUCACUGACAUCCAGAGACUACACUAAAGAGUUCUCACUGACAUUCAGAGACUACACUAAAGAGUUCUCACUGACAUUCAGAGACUACACCAAAGAGUUCUCACUGACAUUCAGAGCCUGCACUAAAGAGUUCUCACUGACAUUCAGAGCCUACACUAAAGUUCUCACUGACAUUCAGAGCCUGCACUAA